GGUUGAUGGGUUGAUGCGCUAAAGCACACUAGUAAUGGGAGAGCGAUAGAGUCAUAUCGUCCUCAAAGUCGUCAAAUUCCCAAAUUCAAUCGCGUUUCUGUCGGUGGGAGCGCGUGAUUUCCUCCGUAUCUCCGCCUCUCCCUUUCCCCACCACACUUCUCUGCUUCUAUAUUUCGUUUUCAGUUUUUAUAAUUUCUUUAAUCUAAAUCGCCACUUGGUUUGGAUUUUGUAUUUGCGUGGUCCGAGUUGUCAUAAAUUGAACAAUGCAGCAUUUUUGACAUGAAUCAGAGUUUGUUUCAAUCAUUCCUACCGAUAUAGACAAAUUUAGGGUUUUUGUAGCUCAGAGCAGCCAGCAAGCGAGCAAUGCUGGGUGGUAAAGCGAUGCUUAAUUUCCUUACCAGAAAAGAUGUCAGAAAAAUCCUCAAGCGCAAAGACAGUGAUGCUGGUGAAAGAGGAAGAGCAAUGGAGGAACUACGGGCUUCUUUAUUUAGCAAGUUUAGGCGUCAACACCAAUCGUUGUUGGGGCCCACUCUUGCUCUUACAUUCAAUUUUGUUGCAUCUGUACUUGUGAAAGUUGGAUUCAAUUAUCCAAUCUUUCUGACUUUUAUUCACUACAUUUGUAGUUGGUUGAUAAUGGGCAUCUUGAAGGCUUUAUCUCUCCUUCCUCCACCUCCUUCUUCAAAGUCAACCAAAUUUUCUUCAUUGCUUGGUCUUGGUAUAGUCAUGUCACUCUCUACGGGUCUUGCUAAUGUUAGUUUGAAGUUCAAUAGUGUUGGAUUCUAUCAAAUGGCUAAGAUUGCAGUAACCCCAGCAAUUGUUUUAGCAGAAUUCAUGCUCUACAACAAAAGAAUAUCUUUCCGAAAGGUGCUUGCACUUACUGUAGUUUCCAUUGGUGUUGCUGUUGCUACUGUGACCGAUUUGCAGUUCCAUUUUUUUGGUGCUUGUAUAGCAGUUGCUUGGAUAAUCCCAAGUGCAACUAAUAAAAUAUUGUGGUCAAAUCUUCAACAACAGGAAAGCUGGAAUGCAUUGGCGCUAAUGUGGAAGACUACACCCAUCACUCUCUUUUUUCUAGUCAUGAUGAUGCCAUCACUUGAUCCACCUGGCGUACUUUCAUUUGACUGGAGCUUCUACAAUUCUUCCAUUAUUGGGGCUUCUGCUGUUCUCGGCUUCUUGCUUCAGUGGUCUGGUGCUUUGGCUCUCGGGGAAACUUCAGCAACAACUCAUGUUGUUCUUGGACAAUUCAAAACAUGUGUGAUCCUUUUAGGAGGUUUCAUUAUGUUUGGGUCAAACCCAGGGUCAACCAGCAUCUGUGGUGCACUCACAGCUCUUGUUGGCAUGUCUUUCUACACACAUCUUAACUUGAAGAGGUCAACCCAACAACAGUCAGGAAAAACAUCUCCCAGACAACAAUCAUCAUCAUCAUCAUCAUCAUCAUCAUCCACAUCAUCUUUUUCUUUACCAAAAUCAAAACUUGGAAAAGAAAAUGGAGGAGACAUUCAUAUUCAUGGGGACGAAUCCGUCUAAUCAUUAAUGAAAACACACAUUCACACUCACACUCACACACACCCAUCAAGGAAAUUCUUUAACUUUAAUUGUUUACAAGUUGUUUUUUUUUGAUGUUUUAGAUAGGUGUAGGACAUUAGGAUUGUAAGAUCGGGUGCAUGUAAAUUGGGCUUGUUUUUAGAUAUGGCUAAUUGCUU